AAUAAAUCAAGUUCUUUUUUAUUUUUUCAUUAUUUUUAUUUUUUUAAGCAGUCAAUAAGAGAUUAAGCUUUAAUUUAAAAGUAUACGUCUUGAUUCAUAUACUUUUACAAUUCCCAAGUUUUACAUACAAUAUACCAAUAAUAAUUAUAAAAUCUAUUCAUACAUUUAGUAAAGAGCCAUGACUCUUACCACUCAAGACAUUAAAAUAUCAUGCCAUAAUAGUAUUAUUAAAGGCCCUGGAGCAAAAUCGAAUGAUGGACAUCCUUGGAGAAAUUGGAAAAUUACAUUGGUUGCAAUGGAUGGUGAAGAGGAAGUUAAAGGAAAAUUAUCAAUUAUACUAGAUCAUGUUGAAUACAUUCUUCAUCCAACUUUUAAAGAUCCAAUAAGAGCCAAGGAAGAAGAGCCUUAUUUAUUACAAGAAAAAGGUUGGGGUGAAUUUGAUAUGCGGAUUGUUUUAUAUUUUGCAGAUCAUAUAACAGAUCCUCAAGUUUUGUUAUUCGAUUUAAACUUUGCAAUGUCAAAUUAUUCUGUAAUACAUACAAUCGAGUUUCCAAAUGCAUCCCCUGAAUUAAUAAAACUAUUGUCAAUAAACUCUUCAACAGUAAAAGCAAUGUUGGCGGCACAAGCAUCAGCUAAAGCUUCAUCAACAGCAUUAGCAGCAGAAACAGCAAUCACAGCAUCACCAUCACCACGAAAAGGAAGUAAACGCCCUCGACUCUCUUCUCCUACACCAUCGAAUAAUAGUGGUAAAAUUAAAGAUGAAGGAUCAAAUAAACAAUCCUUAAAGCAUAAUCGUAACGAUGUCAAUCAUCAAGAAACAAAAUCCAAUAGAAAAUUAAAACCAGAAAAGACUUUUAAAAGGAAAACUGAAAGACCAUCAUCAAGAAGAUCGUCGAUAUCAUCAACAUCAUCACAAAAGCCAUCAUUAACAGAAAUACGAUCACCUGCAUUCUCACCUCAUCUAUCGAGUCCAUCAUAUACUGUCAAGACUCCACCAUCACAUCAUUCACCGUUAUCACCUCAUAUAGAUUUAAAUUAUAUCCCUCCAACACAAAAUGAAGAAGCUAACAUAACUACACCACUUUCUCCUCGUAUCUUUAGCGAUGAAGAAGGCGAAUUAGUGGAAACUAAUUCAUCUUCUAUACACGAAAUGGAUGAACAAGUCGAAUAUGUGAAUAACUUGGAAGACGUAUACAAUCUUCGUCCUAUUCAUUAUGCGGAUAUUGGCGAUGAUCUUCGAGAAGAAUGGGAUAUACCUAAUAUUAAUAUAGCAGAAUUCGCAAGAAGAAUGUUUAUGUUGAAUCCUGAACAGCUUCAAGAAUUUCAAAAAAUCAUUUUAAGGGAUUUAUCUGAUACUAUGACUAUUUUUCCAGAAGAAGACGGUAGUAUUGGGAUAGAUUUAUAUUCUCUUGGAAAGCCAUUAUUAGAAAAAUUAUGGGAGUUUUUAGACGAUGUAGUAUCUGAUGAUAAUGAGUCAUUUACGUCACAAGAUUUUCAUACUAGUGAUUUAGAAUUUGGAAGUGAUGUUGAUUUAAAUGAAUACGAUAGUGAAGAACUUCAAGAAGAUGAGACUAUUUCUCCUUUAGAAGAAUACAAUGACGAUCAUUAUGAACCAUAUGAAAACAAUAACGAUGAAGGAUAUUAUGAAGUAAAUGAGGAACAUCAACAAGAGAUUAGUAAUAAUGAUGAAUGAAAGAUAUUUUUAUUAGUAAAGAAGUAUAAUACAAGUAGUGAAAAAUUAAGCAGAAAUGAAACAAAGAAAAU